GCAGAAAAUUCCUGGAAACAUCGUUGGAACCCUAUACUUAUAUCAUCAUCUUCUUCAACCUCUUAAUUCUUAGUUCUCUUACUCUCUCUGCUAAACAAAGAUCGGAUCCGCCAUGGCCGAUCCCUCUAGACCCGUCACUGGCUAUCCUGCUUACCCCAACGGCCGGCCGCCGCCCUCCAAUUCUCAGCCUCACGGCCAAGCCUAUCCCUACGCUGCUCCUCCUUAUUCCUAUCCCACCCACUACGCCAACCCCUACGAUUCUACCCAUCAGAAUGCUCGCCUCUCAUUUCUUCGUGCUAUUAUUGCCGGAAUCAUCGUCGUCUUCAUCAUCACCGCCAUCAUUCUUUUCAUAAUCUGGCUCGUUCUCCGUCCCCAACUUCCUGAGUUUCGCGUCGACUCAUUUCAGGUUACCAAUUUUUCCGCCGCCUCUCAGUCCCUCUCCGCCUUAUGGUUUGUCGGGUUUUCCGUCUUUAAUCCCAACAAGAAGAUGACCAUCUCUUACGACAUCGUCGAACCCACCGUCUUUUAUAAGAAUGAGUUCCUUUCCCAGACUCGAGUCCCUCCAUUCACCCAGGAUAAGAGGACUCAAACGGCUGUUAAUGCCACUCUCUCCGCUCUUAAUGCCUACAUCGAAACUUCGUCUGUGAAUGAAAUUAACGACGACCGCCGACGAGGGACCGUCCAAUUCAAUGUGGUGGUCUCGGCUCGUGUAGGGUUCCGAGCGGGUUGGUGGAGGACCAGGAGACGAUUGCUUAGGGUUCUGUGCGAGGACCUGUCGGUUGGCCUGUCGUCGUCGAACAGCAGCACUUCCGGUAAGUUGAUGGGUGAACCAAGGGCCUGCAGAGUGGGUAUAUGAGUGAUUUUCUGCUGUUAUAGUCGGUGCUUGAUUUAAUACCACUUAACCCAUAUGAGGAAUUCAUGUAGGCGUAAAUGUACAUGGAUUUUAGGCUGAGUGAGUAGCAGUAGUCUCUAAGUGGAGGUUGUGUAUAGCUUAUAAUACAAUUUUUGCUAUCUGAUUCUGAUGUCGAUAUCUUAUCUCCUCCUUUUGGAAUAAGGAAAAUGGUUUCUUCUUUUAUUGAGAUGUAUCAAUCUUGGAUCCUGAACUGAGGGAACUGUAAAAAAAUGGAGAAUAUCUGUUAGUGUCUGCAGACAGGAUAUGAACAACAUUUUUAGUCUCUUCACUAGACGAUAUUCGAUUUAGCUUAUUGCAA